AUGGCGAACCCGGCGCUGACACUAGCGUUGGUCGGACGAAUAGGCCUAGCAAACAUAAAUAACCCCGCUGUGUUGGACUCUAUCAAGGCGGAGCUCGGGGUGAUCGAAGGGCAGCUCCAGGGCGGCGGCGAAGUCAGCGCAACAGUUCACAAUGAGCAUGUUUCAAGCCUUGACGUGCACUUAAAUGGGGAUAUAGCGGCGCCAGUGGCGUUGUCCAGACGUGAAUCCGCAAGGAAAGUACAAAUUAAUGUGCCAGAAGUCGAGCUGCUCAUGCACUUGAUACAGGAAAGGGAGCAAAACGAUGGCGAUAAGACGGGCACAAUAGCAAGCAGCAGGCAAUCCAAAUGCAUACAACUGAUAAUAAUCGCACGUGACAUGUUGCAGCAGGCGAGAGACAAGACGGCCUGGUGCUCGUUGCUCAACGAUAACGAGGAAAGUGAGCAGACGAAAGUCAAGUGGGAGGGAAUGCCUAGACUCAUCGCUCUGCUGGUAGUCACAGUUGCGAUGGAAAAUAGCGCUGGAGGAAAGACUGCAGCUGCGGUCUCGACGCUUUCUAACCACAUCCAACAGGCGUUUAGGUACAGCUUCCAGUCACCCGAAAGCGAUCUUUGCUUGAUCGACCACCCAGAGUGGGCAAUCAACUACAUCAGGGAUGUAGUAAAGAAAUAUUGCGGGAUUUUCAAGCUUAUAAAGCAGGAAAUACACAGCAACACAGACGAGCUUUUCGAGGCGCUCCUGCCAGAGGCAGCUACUCUCGCCCACAAGGAACAAAGACAUGAUUUACGGGAAGAGUUUGUGAAGCUGUGCGCCGAGUUUUCGCAGCACAAUUUCGUUCAGAAAUGGGCACAGGCUUUGGCCAAGGAGACCCGAUGGUUCACUUUUACCAGACUCCCACUGUUGGUUUACGAAUACAGGAUGGCUUUAUCCGACACACUGCUGACCAUGCAGCAAGUCACCAAUAUCACCCGUACAGCUGACCCCAAAACUAGGCUAAACGUUUCCCAAGCGUUGUUUCACGACGACAUCAGGGCUAACAUUAUCUACAGCCUCCUCAGGGCAAUGACAGACCUUGCGGCCGCACUCAGGGACCUCGAUAAUACGGCGCCUUACGAAGUGUUCGCGGAUUUUGACAAAAACACCACGAUACCGUGUUUAGAACUCAAAAACAACGCGGACAAGGAUGAAGCGCAAUUGGCAUUGAACUACGAGCUCGACCGCGCAUACGGUGCCCUCGAUGCCCUCAUAAGUCUUGAGAAAACAGCCGCUAUUAACGUUGUUAAAAAGCUGCUAGAAGGCGAGAAUAUUUUGGAGGGAGUUAAAUGCAACGCAGCCACGCAAAAUAACUGGUACCUGCAGGAUAGCGGGUUCCUCACCCAACCCGUCAAGACGUUGAUUGCGCUCCUCAAAAUGUUCGACGAAAGGUGCAAGUGUCUGGAGACGGCGAAGAGCCGCGGCGAGUUUACGACUAAGGUCAUCGCUCCGAUAAUAAACUCCUACCUGGAGUACAUCAAGGGAAAGUGGAACGCAGAGGAUGACGUUUUCAGGUCGUGCAGCCUGACUGCGUUCCUCAUUGACAGCACGGCUUUACUGUAUGAGUUCCUCCUGAGGUACCCGUACAGCCAAUACAUGCCACAAGUGGUCACCAACGUGGAAAGGGUCACUACGAAGAUGAUAGCCAUCAUUGGGGACUACGUCAACGACAUCAUAGAAGAGCCCUUCAGCCGCAUACACGACAAACGGCUUGAAAUCAUGUACUAUCUGAAGGACAAAAUGACACAGCUGGCAGUGCAUUGCAGCCUCAAAUCCUAUAAGCAGAUGCUGAGACACGUUGUUGACAAUGUGGAGAAGAGGCUUAUGACUGUGCUGCUCCCGCAACGCGCGAGCCAAAUCAUACUCAACGCCCCAGCUCACGUCGAAAUGGCGGAGCAUAACUGUGAAAUCGUAUACAACGAACUCAAAAACCUCGCCGACGCCAAGUACUGCCCGGAAGACAUGCAGGUCAUAGAGGACGUAAAAACGAUCGUCGCAACCAACGUGGACGAGCUCGUCGAUGCUGUAGAGUUUCUAAAGGGUCACGCUGCGAUGUACCCGGUGUUAAAGGAUGUCAACACCAAGAUAUACCUGCAACGCAGGGGAGUAAGGAACACUGAGGCAGGAACAAGUUAUAUCCACACCGCCGAAACGCGAAUAACUGAGAGUUGUGGCAACGAAGUAGAUAACUCGAAGACGCUCCUCGACGACAUCCUAAGCCUCGAGGAGAGCGACGACGGCGAGUCGCCACGUCUGAACCAACCAGACAAGGCGUUGCUUAAUCAUAACGAGUCUGCUGAACAGGCGUUGGUGGAGAAGGUCAAGAAGAGGCUCAAGGUGCAAAAGCUUGACAUCAAGCAAGUAUACACACUAUCGCUGCACGUUCUUAGCGCGCAAAUCGAGCAAGAACAAUUUAUAAAACUCGUAAACUAA